GCCUUCCUCCUUUUGGUAUAUAUCGCAAGAGGCUUCCUGCUGGACGCAGCGUCCAAGAGGUUGGCAGAGGGGAGGUUUGGAGAGAGUUCCAGGAUGAAGUCUUCGGUUCCAGCUCUUCUGAUCGUCUGCCUGGUGAUGUCCUUCAACAGCUUCACCCAACAGGUUCUUUACUGCCCACCUGACCCUGCUCCAGAAAAUAUCACGGAGUUUGUCUGCAACUCCCCAUCUCUCCAUGAAUUUCCCACCGGCUUCCCCGUACGAACCAAAAUGAUCUCCGUUGAGUUCACCCAGGUCUCCAGCCUUAGCGUGGAAGCCCUCCAAGGUCUUCCAAGCCUCCAGGAACUUCACCUCUCCAACAACAGGCUGAAGACCCUUCCGAGCGGCCUCUUCCGAAACCUCCCGGAAUUGCACACCCUGGAUCUGUCCACCAAUCUCCUGGAAGAUCUACCUCCGGAGAUCUUCACCAAUGCCAGCAGCCUGACGCAUUUAUCCAUCAGUGAAAACUGGCUGGCUGAACUGCGCCCAUCCUGGUUCGAAACCCUGAAGGAGCUAAGGAUCCUGAGCCUUGAUCACAAUCAACUGAAGGAGGUCCCAAUCUCUUGUUUCGAUAAGCUGGAGAAGUUGACUUUUCUAGAUCUCUCCUCCAACCGCCUCCAUCGCCUCUCUCCAGACAUGUUCAGCGGCCUAGAAAAUUUGGAGAGGUUGAUCCUGGAAAGCAACCCAAUCCGGUGUAUUGCCCCGAGAUCCUUCCAUUGGAGACCCAAGCUGAGCGUCAUCUCCCUGAAGAACUGCAGCCUGACUGACAUCAUAAUUGGGGUCUUUCAGCCAUUGGAUCAUCUGGUGUCACUCGACCUCUCCGGCAACGAGCUCACCAUGCUGGAUCCUCCGGUCGCCAUCCCGUCUGCCAAUCUCAGCCUGGAUCUUACGGGAAACCCUUGGGCGUGUGAUUGCCGCAUGGACAAUCUUCUAACCUGGGUUAAGGAGAACAAGAUCCACUUAUAUUCCAAGCGGGAAAUUGUCUGCGCUUUCCCCAAGAGUUUCAAGGGUAAAGAGGCAACCUCGCUUCAUAGAUCCCAGAUCUGUCCCUGCUAAACUUUCAAACUGGAUCCUUUCCCCCCCACCCGAUUCCUAAGCAGCAGGAUUUUCCAGUUGGAAGGCCAUUUCCAGUUGAAUGGACUUCAACUCCCAGAAUUCUCAGCCAUGGCCAUGCUGCCUGGGGAAUUCUGGGAGUUGAAGUCCACAUAGGGAUUUAAAGGAGAGGAGCCAGAACAUGAUUGCGGGGGGAAAUUAGGGAAAUACUAAUUUUAGGGAGAAAAAGCUGCUCAGGAAGAGAUGCGCAAAAAACCCGACAAUAUAGGUAGUCCUUGACUUACAACCGUUCAGUUAGUAGCUUUUGGAAGUGUCAACAGCCCUGAAGAAAGUGAACUGUGAGUGGAUCAGAAUCAUAAUAGAGCUGGAAUGGACCAUGGAGGUCUUCUAGUCCAACCCCCAGCUCAAGCAGGAAACCCUAUACCAUUCCAGAACAAAUGGCUGCCCAGUCUCUUCUUAAAAACCUCCACAACCACAACUUCUGGAGGCAAGCCGUUCCGCUGAUUAAUUGUCCUCACUAUUAGGAUGUUUCUCCUUAAUUCCAGGUUGCUUCUCUCCUUGAUGAGUUUCCAUCCCUUGUUUCUUAUCCUGCCUUCAAGUGCUUUGACCCCCCUCCUCUUUGUUGCAGCCUCUCAAAUACUAGAAGAGUGCUAUCAUGCUACCCCUAGUGCUUCUCAGAUCUGUCUUUUUCACUGUUACUAUUAUUACUAGCGUCGGGCGCUAUUACAUUAGCCACGUGACUGCAGUGCUAUUGAAGAAUUGUACUUUGCCUGCAAAUCUGCUAGCUCUGUUAUGGUACAUGCUCACGCACUUCCCAGGGUGCACCACAGGAGGGCGAGCUAGCUUUGCAACAGAAAAAAAAAACCAAGCAGCUCUCUCAAGGCCUCCCCUCCCUCCACUGGAACCACUUCAGAAACAAGCAUGACAACCAGGAAGGUUCAAAGCCAGCAGAAAUCUGACUGCCUGCACAGAGCACCAACUCGUCUCCCCAUCGAAGUGGUACCUAUUUGUCUACUCACACAGAACAUGCUUUUGAGCUGCUAGGUAGGCAGAAGUUGAGACAAGUACGGGAGCUCACCCCGCUAUGCAGCGCUAGGGCUCAAACCACUGGAGCAGAGACCAUCUCCAGUGUCAUUAAGCCACUGAGCCAACAUGCUUCUCUGUUUCCUUGUUGAAUAAACUCUAUUUCCGCUUCAAGCAAUUGUCCUGUG